UCAAAGUUUUGAACUUUGUAUCCUUUCUGGGGUCAGAUAUCGUUAAAAAACAAUUCAUUCAUCCUCUAUAGCCUCCUUGACUAACCUGCAACUCCAACCUCAGACUCUCGAAGCUAGAGGCCAUUUGAGACUGUCUCCAUUUCUCUUUUAAAGUCAGCUUACACUAAUACCCACAGGUCCUGAAAUAUAUUCAGUGAUGACAUAAAGGAGUCAGAAUUCUCCACAUAUAUAUGUUUCACAAUCAAAAUAGAGUUAGCCAAACUUUGCAGAAGAAAGAAAUUUUGAGACGAGUUGGAGCAGAAGUUGGAGGUGGAGGUUGGUUCCAGCAGCAUCGAGCACUGAGCCAGGCCUAAUCAGACAAGAAGAAGCCAAACCUUUUUUUGGGUUCGGCCUUUUAAGAUGGGAUGCAUAUCUUCGAAAUUCAUGUCCAGAUCAAUCAGUUUUCAUGAGGGGAAAAACCAGAACUUGCACAGGACAUCCAAUGACAUUUCUGCCAUGGACAAACUAAUCAUGUCUGGUAAUGGGAGUGACCAUAGCCUUGCUCUUGUUUGCACUGCUAACAUGGUAAUCAACACACUCCAGUCUUGGGAUUUCAGUUCAAACACAUGCCCCAAGCCAGCUAUUGAACCUGUUAAUUCUGAGAUUGACACAUCAAAGUUGAUGGCGAGUCUAGAUCAAGGAGAGGUAAAACAAGCACAACCAGCACCAGAACAAGUGGGAUCCAUUGAUGCUCAUCUUACUAGGCGGUCUAAGAGUUGUCAUUGGUUUGAAGAGCAUGAGCUCUCCUCGUUUGCUCUUGAGAUUUCUGAUGGGAUUAGUGAAGAUAAACCUUAUUGGAGUCACAAGUGUAGGAUACGCAAUAGUAGUUUCCACACAGUUGAGGAAUAUGACUCAAUGUUAGAAAAGAUAUCGUCUAGUGUGCUGCAAAGAGGCCUUGAUGGCAAGGAUUAUGGUUCAGGAACCAAGGAUCAUCUCCUUGGCUCCAAAUCUUCAUCAAAUAUCUCUCAUCAUGCCAAGGAUAAAGAGACUGGUUUGCAGGAAACAAAGCAAUCAUGCUUACAUGGUAAUGCUUUAGUACAUGAGAACACUAUGUUUAAAGAAACAGAAACCAAGGAGGUAACGCCAAGUUGGAAAACCAACAACAGCUCAAGUUCAGAUCAAGAAAACCAACAAGUGACACCAAUUCCUCGUGCUGCUCAAGUUGGAAACAACAUUGAGAAAGGAUUUAAAAGAAAGGCCAUGGCCAAGGGGCUAGAAUCACUGAGAAUUCCCCCUCCCAUUGAAUUCCCAACAAUUUCAAGUCUUAGGGAAUGGCUUCAUGCUGGGGAUCAAGUAUACUCUCCUGGGUCCUAUGUCACCCCAAAGUUUGGUAACUAUGCUUUGCCAAUUCGAAGGAGUGUAGAUGAAAGCAGUGAGGACUACAUCUUCAAUCCAGAAUUGGUAACUGCAUUUGAACAAUGUAUGCAUGAACUUGAAGCAGAAGAAGAGAACAUUCUCAAGCAAAUUGUGGAGAAUUUGGAGAAAGACUGUAAUGAAGAUAAGCAAGCCAAGGAAUAGAUCCUAUCCUACAUAGAAGACUAGAGUGUGUAUUCCACAAUCACCCCAUUAGGAGAAACUGAGAAGUAUGCCAACCAGAGUGUGUAUUCCACUAUUUCAUCUGAAUUUUGAAAUUUUUGUGUUUUUUAGUUUGUUUUUUUAAGUUAAAACGCACACAAAUUGUCAAGUUUUUUUUUCCUCUUGGUAAAAUGUGGUGCAUUUGAUUUGGCCCUAAAAUGGAUGUUCUAAUGUUCAUAGGAAGUAGUUGGCAGCUGGUGGAUUAUUUUCCAGCAGUUUUACAAGUCAUGUACAGCUAAAAAUUUAUGUAAAUGAAUAAUAACAAUAGCAAAGUUA